GGUUCCUCGGCUCGUUCGCUCCCUCCUCCCGCGGCCCCGCGGCGGCGGCAGCAGAGCAGGCGGCGGCGGCGGCGGCGGCGGCUGGGGAAUCAGACAUGGCGGCCGACCUCAGCCUGGAGUGGAUCUGCUCCCUGCCCCGCUCCUGGACGUACGGGAUCACCAGGGGCGGCCGCGUGUUCUUCAUCAACGAGGAGGCCAAGAGCACCACCUGGCUGCACCCCGUCACCGGCGAGGCCGUGGUCACCGGACACCGGCGGCAGAGCACAGAUUUGCCUACUGGCUGGGAAGAAGCAUAUACUUUUGAAGGUGCAAGAUACUAUAUAAAUCAUAAUGAAAGGAAAGUAACCUGCAAACACCCAGUCACAGGACAGCCAUCGCAGGACAACUGUAUUUUUGUAGUAAAUGAACAGGCUGUUGCAACAAUGACAUCUGAAGAAAAGAAGGAACGACCUUUAAGUAUGAUAAAUGAAGCUUCUAACCAUAACAUGACUUCCGAUUAUGCAGUGCACCCGAUGAGCCCCGUGGGUCGGACUUCCCGGUCUUCAAAAAAAGUGCAUAAUUUUGGAAAGAGGUCAAAUUCAAUUAAAAGGAAUCCUAAUGCACCUGUGGUCAGACGAGGUUGGCUUUAUAAACAGGACAGUACUGGCAUGAGGCUGUGGAAGAAACGCUGGUUCGUGCUUUCUGACCUUUGCCUCUUUUAUUAUAGAGAUGAGAAAGAAGAAGGAAUUCUGGGAAGCAUACUCUUACCUAGUUUUCAGAUAGCUCUACUUACCUCUGAAGACCACAUUAAUCGCAAAUAUGCUUUCAAGGCAGCCCAUCCAAACAUGCGGACCUAUUAUUUCUGCACUGAUACAGGAAAGGAAAUGGAGUUGUGGAUGAAAGCGAUGCUAGAUGCGGCGCUCGUACAGACAGAGCCUGUGAAAAGAAUUACCUUUAAUUUCCGAGUGGACAAGAUUACAUCUGAAAAUGUACCAAAUAAAGAAACAAAUAACAUUCCCAACCAUAGAGUGCUAAUUAAACCAGAGGCCCAAAACAACCAAAAAAACAAGGAGAUAAGCAAACUUGAAGAAAAAAAGGCAUUAGAAGCUGAAAAAUACGGAUUUCAGAAAGAUGGUCAAGAUAGACCUUUAACAAAAAUUAAUAGUGUAAAGUUGAAUUCUCUGCCGUCAGAGUAUGAUGGUGGGUCAGUGUGCCCAACUCAGAUUGCUCACUACCGGCCAGUCAAUGUGAACAGUGCAGAGCACAAGACAGUUAAUGUCAGCCUGGCAGAUCUGAGAGGGGCAAAUCACCCCAACACAGCGCCCCUAUACCCGGAGGCCGACCGAGUCAUCCAGAGAACGAAUUCCAUGCAGCAGUUGGAACAGUGGAUUAAAACACAGAAGGGAAGAAGUCGCGAAGAAGAAACUAGAGGAGUGAUUUCUUACCAAACUCUACCAAGAAAUAUGCCAAGCCACAGAGCCCAGGUUGUGGCCCGCUACCCAGAAGGCUACCGAACUCUCCCCAGGAACAGCAAGACCAGGCCAGAAAGCAUCUGCGGCCUGGCCCCUUCCAGCCACGACAAGGUGGGAGGGCCCACAGCAGAAGAGAAGCGGAGGUCCGUGAGGGAUGACACCAUGUGGCAGCUCUACGAGUGGCAGCAGCGACAGUUCUACAGCAAGCAGAGCACCCUCCCUCGACACAGCUCCCUGAGCAGCCCUAAAGGCACAGUUACCAUCUCCGACCAGACGAUGCACUCUAUUCCCACGUCACCUUCCCAUGGGUCCAUUGCCGCCUACCAGGGGUACUCCCCGCAGCGGACGUACAGAUCCGAGGUGACCUCACCCAUCCAGAGAGGAGAUGUGACCAUAGACCGCAGGCACAGGGCUCACUACCCCAAGCACGUCUAUGUACCUGACAGAAGGUCUGUUCCCGCCAGCCUGAACUUGCAGUCUGUCAGUCCACAGAGCCUCCAAGGCAAAACGCCAGAGGAGCUUACGCUGCUGCUAAUAAAGCUGAGACGGCAGCAGGCGGAACUGAGUAGUAUCCGGGAGCAUACGUUAGCACAGCUCAUGCAGCUCAAACUUGAGGCCCACAGCCCAAAGAAUGAAAUUCUUUCACAUCAUCUUCAAAGGAACACCAUAUAUUUGGAUCACCAGAUGAAAGAAAAUGAACCUAUUAUCACCAUGGUUCACACAAUGAUUGAGAACUCGGCGCUAAGACCACAACUGUACCAGCAAUUCUUAAGACAGAAGAACAAGAUAAGUCUAUACUGUCUGUCCCAAGAUGAAUGUAGAGGCACCUUGUACAAAUACAGACCUGAAGAAGCAGAUAUUGAUGCCAAGUUAAGCCGAUUAUGUGAACAAGAUAAAGUGGUACAUGCGCUGGAAGAGAAACUUCAGCAGCUCCACAAGGAAAAAUACACGCUUGAGCAAGCCCUGCUGGCAGCCAGCCAGGAGAUCGAGAUGCGCGCCGACAGCCCCGCAGCCGCCGCCGCCGUGCAGACCGUGGUGCUGCAGCGGGACGACCUGCAGAACGGCUUGCUGGGCACCUGCCGCGAGCUCGCGCGCGCCACCGCCGAACUGGAGCGAGCCUGGCGAGAGUACGACAAGCUGGAGUACGAUGUGACCGUUACCAGGAACCAGAUGCAAGCGCAGCUGGAUCGCCUUGGUGAAGUUCAGAGCGAGGCAGCAGGCCUGGAGCGCGCGCAGCUGCAGAAGGAGCUCUGGCGGAUCCAGGACGUGGUGGAGGGGCUCAGCCAGCACAAGCAGCUGCGGGGCGCGACAGAAGCCGGAGUGGCAGGAUCAAAACUUUUCACAACAGUUAAGUACAAAAAUGAGGAAGAGGAAGUAGCCCCACCUCGUCCUCCACUUCCUCGGUCCUAUGACUGUACAGAGCAGCCUCCCAUAGCCCCCCCUCUGCCCAGUGACAGCAGCUCCUUGCUCUGUUAUAGCAGGGGCCCCGUGCAUCUGCCAGAAGACCAGAAGCCUCGCCAGGUGCAAGGGCACCCGAGAAAUGGAGCUCACUGUGGUCCCGAUUACAGACUCUACAAGAGUGAGCCCGAGCUGACAACCGUGGCAGAAGUUGAUGAGUCAAAUGGGGAAGAAAAAUCAGAACCUGCUUCAGAGAUGGAAAGUCCAGUUGUGAAAGGCUCCCACUUUCCUGUUGGGGUUGUCCCUCCCAGAACAAAGUCACCAACACCCGAGUCCUCGACAAUAGCCUCAUACGUGACCCUGAGGAAAACCAAGAAGAUGCUGGACCUCAGAGCGGACCGGCCACGCAGCGCUGUGGAGCAACUGUGCCUAGCGGAGAGUGGCCGGCCGCGAAUGACGGUGGAGGAGCAGCUGGAGCGCAUCCGGCGCCACCAGCAGGCCUGCCUGCGGGAGCGGAAGCGGGCACUCGCUGUCCCCAUCGCCGUUCCCGUCCCUGGGUCCACUGACCUGGGCUCCUCACAGAGCCCUGCAAGCCUGAGAGAAACUCCAGGCAGGGCCCUGCAGGUACGCCCACUGCUUCUGACCCAGAGGGACAACAUUAAGGAGUUGGACGAUGUCAGUAGAGAAAAUGACGUAAAACCAAACUAUGACACUCCUGACACUCCUGCUGUGGAACCCGUCCGACUAAAAGAAGCUGAGCCCCCAAAUACAGAUGGUAGCCAAGAGUUUAAAAGAACAGAAAGUAUUUUUGAUGAAGCGAUUUCUACACCUGAGCCAAAUGGAGUACAUUCUGAGGAAGUGACGAAUAAAGAAAGUAAAGAAAAGAUGACCGAGGAAUUAACAUACAGCCCUGAAGAUGAGACGCAAAUCCCAAACCGUAAACCAGAAGACCAUUGUGAGGAGGACACGAAGGACGGCAUUCACGAAGAGGAAAGCCCUGUUACUUCUCAGGAGUCGAUGCCUGUGGUUUCUAGAGAAAGCCAAACACCGGCAGUGAAAAGUCUGUCCCCGUCUCCAGAGUCCUCGGCGUCGCCAGUGCCGUCCACCCAACCGCAGCUGACAGAAGGCUCGCACUUCAUGUGUGUGUAACUUGGAACUCCACUGACUUCUGUUGAAACCGUUCGUGGCCCUUCAGCAGUGUAAGAAGAUACUGUACAGUAUACCUUAAAUCUAUGAAAUUCAUAGUUCUGAUGCUUUUGACCCCAGAGCAUCAUUUUAUCACUUCUGGAAAACGUUCGUUCCAGAGCAGCUUUAAGGCCCACGCGCACUCCGCACCACAUGUCCACGCAGCUUGCCACCCCCGAGCCCACAGGUGACAGUACUGCUCCGCCCGCAGCCUUCACCAGGGCUUCCUCAGUUGCCGUCGACAGAUCUGAUGUUUCUUAAGUCUAGGCGAAUUUAUAUUGCUUUUUGCUUUUUGGUACACAGAGUUAGUUACUAUUUCCAAUGAAGUUUGUUUUUUGGUUUUUUUUUUUUUUUUUUCCUCCUUACCAUUCUGGCUACUGCAGUGCUUUAUUUCACUCUUGAUUUGUAAAAAUUUUAUAUAUAUAUAUUUAAAAUGUGCCAUUUUCUUACUGCUAAGUGAAGUAUGUCCUGUUUUCUGCUAUAAUUCUUUCUCAGAUUGCAAUGUCAGCAGUUACUGCCGCUCGCCAGCUUAAACACAAAUGUUACCGCUUACUUUUCUUAAAAAAACAAUUAAAAGUGUAGGUAUCUUGGAGUACUGGAUUAUACUUCAUUGGAAUAGAUGUGUACAGCAAUAAGCAGGUCUUCAAAUCCAGUACCUAGUUUGUGUACAAAUGUAAUUAUGUUCAUUGUGUAUAUAUUAUACAAUGAGCACAUGUAAUGUAUUAAAGGCUACUUACUAUUGUUUAAAUGCAAAUGUUCAUAUCUCAUUUCUUUUUUAUCAUGUUAAAUAAAUGUUGA